AAAGUUGAUGACCUCUUGAAUCUUGCGCCAUGACUGUAGUUGCUUUUUCGUUACUACUUCUUAACUAUUAGCAAAAAUCAGUUUUUUGCAUCAAAUUCUUACAAGGAGUUAAAAGUGUACAAACAAUAUAAUAAUUUAUUACAUACAAUGUUUACUGAUUAUAUAUUUACACCCAAGCUUUACAAAGUAUAUACUGGAAUUCGGAGUAACGAUGACUAUGUUCAACUAUGGCAAGAAAAAGUAGCAGACAGAAUAUUAAUGACUACUUACAUUGUUUCACAAGUAGCCACUUACCUUUCACCUGCAUUAUUAUACAUGUAUGGUAAAUGGUUCUUAAGUCCAGAAUUUGUAAACAAACUAUUUUUUCGCGGAUCAAUAUUAGGAAUAACUUUAAUGACCACAUUUAUUUUGAGAAGUUAUGGAAGAGCGAUAAAUCCAAAGUAUAGAGCUUUUCAUAAAGAUCUUAUAAAUGCUAAAUUGGAUUAUUCGACUGAUAAUAAGAAAAAACUGCACAACUACGACUUUGAUUUUUCAGCAUGGCCUAUAGACUUUUCAUGGAAUACUGCUGAAGAAGAGAGCUACAAAUCAAAUUUAACAAGAUAUAAUUAUAAGAUGUCAUUAAAACUUUUGAGUAGUCCUAGUCGUCUCAUUGGGUUUAUAGCAGUGCAUACUUUUGGGAUAUCAUUAAUUUAUCCCGGUUCUACUUCUCUUUUAUUCUAUUUAAUGGAYCAAAACUUACAGAAAGGUAGACGAGCUUUAAUCACUUCAUUUGGAGGUGAACGAUAUAAAUUAAAAACUAUUGAUGGAAAUUUUGUAGACUCAAUGUUUAUUGAUAAAAGACAAUCAAACAAUUCUUUGAACCCAAAAUUGAUUAUUUGUACUGAAGGAAAUGCUGGAUUCUAUGAAGCAGGGAUUAUGAGCUCUGCUAUUGAAACUCAUCAUUCUGUCUUGGGAUGGAAUCAUCCUGGAUUUGGAUAUAGUACAGGUGUACCAUAUAUAAAACAAGAACAGAAUGCAGCUGAAACCGUAAUAGAAUUUGCUAUAAAGAAUUUAAAAUUUAGUCCUAAAAAUAUUAUAUUAUAUGGUUGGAGUAUUGGUGGUUUUGCAUCUACUUAUUUAGCUAAAAAGUUUCCUGAUAUACAUGCUGUGAUACUGGACGCUACAUUUGAUGAUCUAGUACCAUUAGCAAUUCCACGGAUGCCUAGCUUUGCUGAGAAACUAGUAGAGUUCACUGUUAAAGAAUUUACAAAUUUGAAUGUGGCUGAAAAUUUAGUUCAAUAUCCUGGGCCAGUUCUUCUAAUUCGACGAUCCAGUGAUGAAAUCAUUGCACUUGAUCCUCAAAAUGUAGCUACAAAUCGAGCAAAUUACCUACUUGAAUCAUUAUUAGAAAAAAGAUUUCCAAAACUAUUUUCCAGUGAAUCUAGAUCAGCUCUUUGGGUUUGGUUAUCCACAACUGGAGAACAACAAAAUCAAGUACAUUUGCAAUAUGAUGUUGACUUAAACACUCAAUCAAAACUAUUUCCAUCAUCCAGUAAAAAUUAUCCAUUAAAUCUUGGUGAUGGUUGGAAAGAUUCAGACAAAAUAAAAAUGUUACUGUAUUUGGCCGAUUAUUAUAUGAAAGACUAUAACUCCACACAUUGCACUCCAUUGCCAACGCGGUAUUUAGGUUAUAUAAUUUAAACUUUUUUCAAGCAUCUUUUAUUAAUAUUUUGGUAUAAUGUUAUUAAUCUUAAUAUAAA